AUGUUUGUUCGGUUGCAUAAUCCAGCCAUUGUGUGUUUGUUAGAGCCUAAGGUGUCUGGAGAUCAGGCCAACAGUAUUUGCUCAAGCUUCGGGUUCGAAGAGUGGAUUAGGGUGGAAGCUGUAGGGUUCUCAGGCGGGAUAUGGAUCAUGUGGAAAAAUACCAUAAUAAUUGAGGAGGUAGAGACACAUCCACAGUUUAUAACCAUUCAGGUGGCCAAUGAUACCGAGGGUCCAUGGGUGUUGUCUGUCGUUUAUGGGAGUCCAAACCAAGGUUUAAGACGUAGGUUAUUUGCAGAACUUUCGCAACACAACACUAGGGGGCAAGAUCCAUGGCUCGUAGCAGGCGACUUUAACUCGGUUGUGUCACAAGACAAGGUUAGUAACCCAGAAUCGUUCUCCUUGAACAGAUGUGUGGAGUUCAAUGAUUGGAUUUUUCGAGAGGGCCUAAUGGACUUGGGAUUCACGGGACCCAAGUUCACUUGGGCUAGAGGGCAACACACCUCAACCUUUAAGGGUGCACGACUUGAUAGAGUCCUUGGAAAUGUGGAAUGGAAGAUAAAAUUUUCUGAAGCUGUAGUUGAACAUCUACCAAGAAUAGAAUCAGAUCAUACACCUCAUUUAGUUAAUACCAAGCCAGUUUCAACUAGAACAAAUAGCAGGGGCUUUAGGUAUAAUUUAGCAUGGGCUACUCACCCUACAUUCCAGUUAGUAAUUCAGCCGAAUUGGGACAACAACAAGGAGGUGGAAAUCAACAAGGAAAGGUUGGUAGUAGCACUAGACUCUUGGAACAAGACAAUCUUUGGUAAUAGAUCAAGGGAGGAAUGGAUCAACUCCGGAUACCGGAACACCAAGUACUACCACGUAGCUACGGCAAUAAGGAAUAGCCCUACAAAAAUCACAUCUCUUCGAGAUGACCAAGGGUUCUGGAUCACAGACGAGCAUCAGUUAAAAGGGCAUGUUCGACAAUACUUUAAGGAACUGUUUUCAAAGGAUUCAAAUACAAUAUCUCUGGAACCCAUGCUGGGCAACUUCCCUGUUCUAACCCAGGAGAAUUGGAAUGAAGUUAAUCGACCAUACACGAAGGAAGAAAUAAAAGCUGCAAUGUUCGAAAUGUCUCCAUCCAAAGCCCUGGGGCCAGAUGGGUUUAGCGCUGGUUUUUACCAAACUUCUUGGGAAAUCGUAGGGGACUCGUUAACACAAUUUGCUCUAAAAUUUUUUGCAGAUGGACAAAUGCCGAAAGGUUGCAAUGACACACUCAUCUCCCUAAUCCCAAAAGUGUCUAACCCAAAAACGGUCACGCAGCUGCGCCCAAUUGGCUUGUGCAACGUAACUUACAAAUUAUUGACAAAGGCCAUGACGAACCGCCUGAAGGAGAUGUCAAAAAAACUCAUAGGAUCACACUAG